UUUGAAAAAAAAUUCGAAGCAACAAAAAUGAACAAUUCUACAACGACAACAGCCGCAGCCACUACAACAAAUACAAACAGUUCUGGCAAUCAUUAUCCGAUUGCAUCGUUGUAUGUUGGCGAUCUAGCUCCUGAUGUUACCGAAGCUGUUUUGUUCGAGAAAUUCUCCAGCGUUGGUCCUGUUCUUUCCAUUCGUGUAUGCCGCGAUAUUAUCACUCGGCGGUCACUUGGCUAUGCUUAUGUUAAUUAUCAAAAUUCAUCGGAUGCUGAAACCGCUAUCGAUACGUUGAAUUUCGAACGAUUGAAUGGCCGACCUAUUCGUAUCAUGUGGUCACAACGUGAUCCAUCUCUACGACGAUCUGGUGUUGGCAACAUUUUCAUCAAGAAUCUGGAAAAAUCUGUCGAUAACAAAGUUUUGUUCGAUACUUUUUCAUAUUUUGGAAAUAUUUUGUCGUGCAAAAUUUCUUAUGAUGAUAAAAGCCAAUCAAAAGGCUAUGGUUUCGUACAUUUUGAUUCGGAAGAUACAGCUCAAGCUGCCAUUAGCGGUUUGAAUGGAAAAGUUAUCAAUAACAAAAAGAUUUAUGUUGGCAAGUUUAUUUCUCGUAAAGAACGUGAAAACAAAUUGGGUACACCACGUCGAUUCACCAACAUUUAUGUCAAAAAUCUUAAUGAUGAAUAUGAUACGGAUGAAAAAUUGAAAAAAUUAUUCGAUCCUUUUGGCUCAAUUACAUCGGCUGUUGUCACUAAAGAUGAUGAUGGUAAAUCAAAAGGAUUUGGUUUUGUUUGCUUUGCUACACCCGAUCAGGCUGAACAAGCUGUAAAUGCAUUAAAUGGAAAAGAUAUGGGCAAUGGCAAGCAAAUGUAUGUUGGUCGUGCACAGAAAAAAGCCGAACGUGAAGCUGAAUUGAAACGUAAAUUGGAAUUAUUGAAAAUCGAACGAAUCAAUCGAUCACAAGGUGUCAACUUGUAUGUGAAAAACCUUGAAGAUUCGAUCAACGAUGAACGAUUGCAAAAAGAAUUUAGUGCCUAUGGUACCAUCACAUCGGCAAAAGUUAUGACUGAUGAAAAAGGACGAUCCAAAGGUUUUGGUUUUGUUUGUUUUUCCACCCCAGAAGAAGCAACCAAAGCUGUUACAGAAAUGAAUAACCGAAUCAUAGAAUCGAAACCAUUGUAUGUUGCAUUGGCUCAACGUAAAGAAGAUCGUGAAGCUCAGAAAUUAAACACAAUGCGUUUUGGCCCCACCAACGUCCGUUUACAUCAACCGAUGCCUCCACAAGCUGGCCAUCCACAUCAUCCACUUGCUCCAGCACAGAUGCCAUUCGCCAAUCCUGCUUCGUUGGCUGGAUUUGCCGGUCUUCAAGGACAACCCGUUCAAGGACCACAAUCUCAGCCUUACUUGUUGCCAAUAGCACCGAGCACUCACAUGCAACGUGGUUAUUACCCAUCGAAUGGACCAGCUGCCAUGCCACCAGGUGGUCAAGGUCCUCCAGGUGGUAUUCGUAUGGCUCGUUGGAAUACAAAUGCCGCCAUUCCACGCGGUCAAAUGUCAUACAAUCAACAAGGAUUCCAAAGAAGUAUGCCACCACGUGGACAUCAAAAUGCUCCUCGACCUGGAGUUAUGCAAGGACCUGCUCCCAAUCAUCCUAGACCAUUUGUAGGUCCAGUUACGGCAAACGGUUCUGUUAAUGUUCGUGGUCAAGGUCGUGGACCACAAGCCGGCGGAAUUCGAGGCCCAAACAAAUCAAUGGUAGCAACAUCAGGUGGUCAGCCCUUGCCAUCACAUGGCGUACAACAAGCUCAUCUUAAUGCAAUUCCGAUUUUAGCUGAACAACCAGGCGAAGAACAAACUCAGUUACUUGGUGAACGAUUGUAUCCAUUGGUACAUCAAUUGCAGCCAGAGUUGGCAUCCAAAAUCACUGGCAUGUUGCUCGAGAUGGACAUACAGGAAAUUGUGCAUAUGCUUGAAAAUCAAGAAAUCCUUCGAUCUAAAGUGGAUGAAGCAUUAGCCGUAUUGCAAGCUCAUCAUGCCAAAGAAAGGGUCAAAAAAGAAUGAACCAAACAACAAAAAAACUACUCGCGU